AUGCAAAAGACCACAGGGCUUGGGCCCAAGCCAGCACAGCCCGGAGACCUUCAUGGCCGUGUGGCCAUCAUCACUGGCGGUGCCCGGGGCAUUGGAUUCGAGAUCAGCCGCGCCCUCGCCAAUGCGGGCUGCAAGGUCAUCAUGGUCAACCGCAAUCAAGAUAAGGGAGACCACGCCAUUCGAAUCAUCAAGAAAGAGUCCCCCGAUGCUGAAGUUGAGUGGAGAGGUUGUGAUAUGGGCUAUCUGGCCCAGGUCCGUGAGGUGUUCGGCGGCCUAAGAGAAAACCUGCCGCGCCUCGACUUCCUCGUCUGCUCGGCCGGCAUCAAUGCCGAUCAGUUCGGCCUAGACCAGGACGGCAUCGACCGCCACUUUGGCGUCAACUACCUGGGGCACUACUACGCGUGCAAUCAAAUGUGGCCGCUGCUUCGCAAGACUGGCAGGGAGAACGGCAACACGGCGCCACCUCGCGUUGUCUUUGAAGCCAGCGAGAUGCACCGCAUGGCACCCUCGGCCGUGCAUUUUGGGUCGUCGGAGGAGAUCAACAAUCCGGAGAUGGACCCGGCGCAACUGUACGGGCGUACCAAGCUGGCGCUGAUCCUCCUGGCCAAAUACGGCUUGCGAGACAAGGUGAUCAAGCCGAACAGUGACCGAAUCUACGCUCUGUCGGUUCACCCCGGGACCGUCAAGACGGACAUGCAGGAGCAGUGGAAGAGUGCCUACCCCGGCGUCACGGGCAAGGUGCUGUCGCGGACCAUGCAAGCAUUCGGCCGCGCCCCGAAGGAGGGCGCAUACAGCGCUUUGUGGGCACUGACAUCGCCCAAGAUCGAGGAGAAGAACUUGAAUGGCUGGUACUUCAAGGACCCAGACAGCCCCGGCAAAGAGUCAUCGCAGGCGUCAGAUGCGGUCCUCGGCGCGGCUCUGUGGAAUCUCAGUGACAGGCUGGUCAAGGAGAAGCUCGGCGAGGAUGUGAUGCUCGACUGGAACGCGCAGUGA